AUGGAAUCUGUAAGUCUAAUUUUAAUAUUUUAUUUUCUGGCUACCGCGCCCACAAUAUGUUUUACACAAUACUUUUUAUGCUUGAGAUUUAACAAAUACUAAUUGUUGAAGUCAUUCAUGUAGGUAUAACUAAAGUCACAUCCAAUUUACAUUUAAUAAAGUAAUAUUAACAGUAUUUGUUAAACCAUACUAUCUUGCCAUGGUACAGCCCCAUGGGAGUUAAAAUAAGUGGUCAGAAUCUCUCGCUGCUUUUUAGCACUAUGUGAAGGGUUACGUGUUGUGCUGAAUUGAUUCAUUCUUGUCAAGCAUGCCUCAUUUCUCCACGACCCAGGUAUUACCACAUGAUCUCCAUCUUCUACAUCUGCUGCUACUACAUAACUUGAUUUGUUUUUUCCACCAUAUAAUUAUGUAAACAACAAGCUGCUAGAAUCAGACAUCUCACUUUGUCUGGACACACCUUUUUAGUGGUUAAAAACACCCGCCAUCUGCUUGCAAGAAUCCUAAAGGCAUUUUCAACAACACGUCUGGCAUGCGACAAUCUGUUGGUGAAAAUUCUUUUUUCUUUGUUCAAAUUUCUAUGAGGGUAUAUGCCCUCAUCAUAGUUUUGCUUAAUGCAAAUGCAUUGUCCCUGAUCAUGUGGUAGUUUAUUUUUUUAUGAAAUUCCUCUAAUUUCAACUGGUGGUGGCAUUACGUUGAGAGUGUUUUCAACAACAGCUUUUUUUAAGCUUAAGUCAUUAAAUGCUCCAGCAUCCCCUGCUCUGCCUGCUGCACCAACAUUCACAUAAAGAAACUUGUAGUCUACAUCUACUAGUGCUAAAAGCAAAACACUAAAAAAGUGCUUAUCAUUAAAAACUCUGAUCCACUACUGACUGGCUGUUGUAUAGCAACAUGUUUUCCAUCUAUAGCCCCAACACAGCCAGGAUAAUUCCAUUUCUUUUCAAAUUGGUCAGUAACUGCUACCCAUUCAUCCACACAAGCUGGAACCUUUAAAUGUAAAAACAUGAUUAGCAUUGUAAUUUUGAUCAGUUAAUUACUACAAUAAUUACAAUUUUUGGUUUUCUCUUUAGGGAAAUUGUGAUUCACCAUCAGACACCAGUAUAAUUGAUCAACAAGAUGACAAAAAUCUUGAUGAUGGUGAUGAUGAUUGUGUUUCCCUUACUAGUUCAGAAACACCAAGCUCCAUUUUUGACAAAGGAGAUGGCCAAAGCAUUACAAAAACCACUAAAGAGCCAAUAAAAAUCAAACCCAACCAAAAACGACAAACAGAUGAGGAGUUCAAACUCAUUAAAGGUUUAACAGAGUCUAAUGCAGAAAAAAGAAAUAAAAGGCGGACUUCAGAAAACCAAUCUGCAGGCCCAGAUGAUGCCUUUGGACAUUACAUCAUACAAACUUUGUCCAAACUUGACACAAAUGUAAAGUACUUGGCACAAUAUAUCAAUAACAGCUUGUUCCAACCUCAAACAGGAGAAUUAACCAAAAAUCAUAGCAUGGGAACCAGAGCACCAAUACCUGCCCAACACCAAGCCUUUCCUCCAGUGUAUCCACAAUACAAUAUGUUACCUUUUAGUAAUGAAAUGAAAAGUGCAUUCAAUCCCAAUGCUCAAGCUACAGGAAAUAUGUUGUCCACACCAAACCAAUUACCCAUGGCAACAGAUUCAAAUUAUGGUCAAGACCAUGCUAUGUGGUUUAAUUCAAAUCCCAUGCAAGGGGGUUCUUUUGAAAACUAA